AUGGGCGGAGAGAGUACCGCAGAAGAGGUUGUCAUCGUCAUCGUCGUCGUCGUCGGCUUUGUUGGCGAGGUACCGGUAGGCAAUCGCACCGAACUGUUGUUGAUCUGUGCACCACGACGUGCACACCGCUUGUCAGGAAACUUUGCUGAUACCUGCACCGAACAUUUUGCAUUCAAAUACUCCUCCCAACUCCCCCCUCCCCGUUUCCCAAUUCUCUUGCUGCUGUCCUUGUUGCCAAAGAAGUCGCGCGCAUUCAAGAAAAGAGACGGAGGAAUCAGACAGACGGAGGAAUCAGACAGACACUGCGGCCAAAGAAAGAAAAGGAAGGAAGAGAAGAAGAAGAAGAAGAAGAAGAAGAAGAAGCCAUACAAAUCAGAGGAAAUGCCACCACGAAGCGUCUGUUUGAACGUGUUUACGACCAGCCUUGGCGACAGUAGUGCGGCGGUGAGGGGAGAUGGGAGUCUGAACAAUGGCCCAGGCAUGAUGGAGCGAAGGGAUAGCGCGUUCAGUGACAACUCACGUCGAUCCUCAGCUGGCGCAAUUGGCUCACAACCCACACCGGCCACAAACCCCCUGCCAGCCAUCAACCGCGCCGAUCUCUUCCAUUCACUCCGCCCCAUGGCCAGCACCGAAAGUCUAAACGUCUCCCUUACCUCCAAACCCUGCACCACCUGCUCUGGCCAACCCGCUAGACGCCGCUGCUCCCGCUGCAAGGCGGCCUACUACUGCGACCGGAACUGCCAAAAGUCGGACUGGAAGACGCAUCGCAAUGCAUGCGAGCCCAUUUCCCAGACGUACUCUGCCCCCGCCACCCCAAACUACUCUUCUCCCACGAGCCCUGUGAAUGAGUCUUGA